AAAAAUCGACCGCGAUCGAAGGUUUGAGAUUUUUCGUUUCGAAAGGAAGAAGGAAAGUGAGACACUGUAAAAACUAUAUACAAAAAACUACAUAGUUGCGAUAACUCGGCGUCGUAAAAAAAAAAAAAAAAAAAAAAGAACGAAUGUGUUUCUUUGUGGUGUAGCCGUGACACAGUUUACAGAACUCGUGACCACGAAUAUUUGAAAUUGAUCAUCACGGCCAGUCUCACGGUGUUGUCGCUCGCAUACUAAUCUAUAUUUUUGCAACAAUUAUCGACACCUUGCGCACUUGCGAAGGUUUACACUAGGAUAAGCAAGCAAACCUGUAUAGCGCGAGAUAAGAUAGGAGAAAAUAAAUUUACGAGGCGAAGUUAGACGGUUACUUUGCGUUUAGAUACUUGGUGCAGUAAUAAUAUUGAAUUCGCGGAUGAGAGAAGUGACGGUGUUUAAUUUUUCACAAUUCAGUUUCUCAAUAUUUUCCGUGCUGCAAUAUACAUAAAAACAUUUAAAACGUUUGUCACUCAUAUUAUUUUUAUCAACGAAACAAUAGCGAAGAUAAUUACCACUGCACCCCGUCUGCUAUUAAUUAUGACGACUCGAGAUACAAAUGAGGAUCAGCUCGACAAUCUACCGCACGUGGAAUGGAACAGCACGGCAUCUGGAGCGUCUGGAAAUCUGAUAUUCCCUUCUCCACUGAGCCCCUUGAAAUGUCAGAUAGCCGGUCAUCCUUUUAAUGGCGUAAAACACACUAUUGGCAUGCUGGUGUGCAGGAAGACUGGAAACGUGCUGAAACCGGCGACUAAAGUGAUCCUCGGAGAAAGAGAAAUAGCGUUCUACGAGAAUCUGAAGAAUUCCCGGAACCCUACAAUAGUGCAAUUAAAAAAACUCGUUCCAUGUUAUUAUGGCACGACGGAACUGUGGGUUUUUAACAAACGUACAAAGUUCCUCAAGCUUAGGAAUAUCACGGACGGCAUGGCUGAGCCAUGUGUGAUGGAUAUCAAGAUCGGCCGUCGCACGUGGGAUCCUCUAGCCACGCCCGAGAAGAAAGCAACGGAAGAACUCAAGUAUGCUGAAUCGAAGCGUGCUUAUGGUUUUUGUAUAACCGGUUUUCAAGUAUAUUGUCACUCCACUGGACGAUUAAAAAAAUUUGACAGAGAUUAUGGCAAGAAACUCGAUGCCAAGGGCGUCGUAGAAGCACUGAAAACUUUCUUGAACAUAACACCUGAGAGGCCAGCCUGUCGACAUUUGCUCUUCGAACUACUGUCAUGUUUGGGAAGAAUUAUGCUGUUCUUUCGCAUGCAGCGGAAGUAUCGUUUCUACUCCAGCUCGUUACUGGUCGCCUACGAUGCCAAAAAAUUGCGGGAACACUAUUGUGCGGAUAGUAAGGAUUCCAGUGAGCUUGCGAAUUCCAAGAUUGAAACUGUUUCCUUUUCGACAACAAGUACUUCUUUGAACACGAAUACGUCUGAACAGUCCGCGCCAACCGUACCUGUAUCCAGCGCAGGGAUAAACAGAGACUGGACAGAGGCGCAAAAAAAUAGACCAACGCUCAAAAGGAGCACAAGUUUCAAUACUGAACCUAUGCCGAUAAUGGGCGAACAGAUAUCCGAUCAAAGCGGAUCUUAUAAUCCGGAUUUGAAGAUGGAUCGGCUGUGUCAAUCUUGUCCGAGUCAAUUUUCGCUUCCACAAACGAACAACGUCAAACGUAAUGUAACGCAAGACAAUCAUGGUGUUCCAACGAACAAAGAAGAAUGCAGCUGGGUUAGAGUGAACAUGAUCGACUUCACACACGUCUUCCCGGCGGACGACAAUUCUGGUCUGGAUUUAAAUUACCUGGAAGGAAUCGAAAACCUGAUCACGCUCAUAAACACACUUUACAAACAGGCUCACAAGCGCGACUCCAAUCAAAAUUGCAGCGCCACAAUCGCGCAAUAAAGCUAUUAUACUUGAGGAAUGGUAUAUUAUUUGACGAUGUUCCAGAAAAUGAACGGAAGAGUUAGGCGGAGACGGUAAGAAUCUCCGGGCGGAUAGAAGUGUAGACAGUGUUGGGGCCUUGUCGGAUCGAGAUGGUGUAGGACAAAGGAGAAAGGAAUAAUCAAUUAUACAGAGAUCUCUUAUGACAAUUGUCAAGUUGAGAGAAGAUAUUAUUCACUACUAAAAGAAAAACUAUGUUGUCAUAGUUUUUUCGAGAGUAGAAAAUGCUGGAGAAGAAUAAAACGGUUUAUCGGAUGUCAAUGCACGGAAUACGGCACUUUUAUGCAAAUCUACGGCAAUGCGUUUCCUUUCGAAGAUCUUCGACAUUAUUUGACGCGGAGUCGAAUAGCGUAAAUAACGAGAAUUUUACCACGAAAUUUGGAAACGCAAAAUUUGGAGAAAAAAAAAAACAGCCCAAAUACACAGGCGAAUACAAUACAUUAACAAUCAUAAAUCCAAAUAGAUACAAAAAAAAAACGUCUUCACAGAAAACAAUAAAAUAAAAAGACUUUUUAUACUUUGCCAAAAGAAAAACUGUAUAAUGUAAUGUAUAGAAUAUCUAUAGUAGGAAUUUCAUACGCGUUUAAUUGUCCUUUAAUCACUUUAGAGAAAUAAAGAGCACCUCAUUGUAAAUGCCCGACAAUUGUUCGAAUUACGUUCGUACUACGACGAUAAUAAGUCGCAUUUUGUAAACAAAAACACAUUAUACCGCGAAUCGAUGACAAAAAAGUCUUUUUCAAAGUACCAUUAUUAUUGAUUUUGCCAUGUUACAAAUAUUUAUAUUGUACGCAUAAAAAAAUACAGAUUAUUGUAAUUAUACCAGCAGCAAUAAAUCAUUACGAUAUAUGUGUA